CGAAAACGUAUAAGUAAAUGGGAAUCUAAAACAUUUAUCGCUAAUUUAGCUUCUAUCUUGAUUAUUCGGUUUGAUUAUCAUCGAUGGAGAAUUCUCAAGUUCAGAUCAGUGAUCGUAGAGCAGACGCUUUAGGGAACCUUAAAGUUUUGCCUGAUGAGCUGAUCUGCGAUAUUCUGGAAAAAAUUUCCCCUCAAGAUGCCGCUCGUCUCGCUUGUGUCAGCAGUGUGAUGUACGUGUUCUGCAAUGAAGAACCACUCUGGAUGAGUUUAUGUCUUAAUCGACUCAACGGUCCACUUCAGUACCAAGGCUCCUGGAAGAAAACUACCUUGAUUUUAGAAAAUGUGGCAGAUGAAUAUAAGGAAUAUUGUGGGAGAGCUCGUCAUUUUAGUGGUUUCUACUCCUUAUUCUUGUAUAGAAGAUUAUAUCGGUGUCAUACCACAUUGUCUGGAUUUUCGUUUGAUUCUGGGAAUGUGGAAAAAAAGAAAGGCCUCUCUUUGGAAGAUUUUUCCAAUCAGUACGAUGGGAAGAAACCGGUUAUGCUAGCUGAAAUCGCUGAUGAUUGGCCAGCAAGGACUACAUGGACAGUUGAGCAGCUGUCAAUGAAAUAUGGAGAUACAGAUUUUAAAAUUUCUCAGAGGAGCUCUCGGAAAGUUUCCAUGAAAUUUAAGGACUAUGUUUCCUACAUGAACUCUCAGCAUGACGAAGAUCCCCUAUAUAUCUUUGAUGAUAAGUUUGCGGAAGCUGCACCGAGCUUAUUGAAAGACUACAGUGUGCCUUGUCUGUUUCAAGAAGACUAUUUUGAGGUCCUAGAUAAAGAGAAGCGACCUCCCUUUAGAUGGCUUAUUAUUGGGCCAGAGAGGUCUGGUGCAUCUUGGCAUGUCGAUCCAGCACUCACUAGUGCUUGGAAUACUCUUCUAUGCGGACGUAAGAGGUGGGCUUUGUAUCCUCCUGGUAAGGUACCUAUUGGUGUCACAGUACAUGUAAAUGAAGAAGAUGGUGAUGUAAAUAUUGAUACUCCAUCCUCGCUGCAGUGGUGGCUAGAUUUUUAUCCACUUCUUGCGGAUGAAGACAAACCAAUAAUGUGCACCCAGCUACCUGGAGAGACAAUAUUUGUUCCAAGUGGGUGGUGGCAUUGUGUACUGAAUCUUGAAACAACUAUUGCUGUUACACAAAACUUCGUGAAUUCAAAAAACUUUCAAUAUGUAUGUCUGGACAUGGCACCCGGUUACUGUCAUAAAGGAGUGUGCCGUGCUGGACUCUUGGCUCUUGAUGAAAGUGAUUUACAGGAUGUUGUAAAUAAUGAAGUUCAUAAUGAAAAUUAUCGGAGGUAUCCAGAUCUGACAAGGAAAGAGAAGAGGGCCAGAGUUCAAAAAUCUAGAGAAGAUCCAGAAUAUGGAAUGACAAUUAACGGUGACUCCAAAAGUUAUGAGUUGUGGCAAGAAGAAUUUUCUUACGAUAUAAAAUUCUUAAGCAAGUUCUUGGAUAAGGACAAAGACCACUAUAGUUCCCCAUGGAGCCCAGGAAAUUCCAUAGGACAACGAGAAAUGAGGGAAUGGCUAUGCAAGCUUUGGGACUGGAAACCAGGAAUGCGAGAGCUUAUUUGGAAGGGAGCAUGCCUAGCACUAAAUGCAGAUAAAUGGUUAAAUUACCUGGCAGAAAUCUGUGCAUUCCACAAUUUGCCUCUUCCAAGAGAUGAUGAAAAGCUUCCUGUUGGCACCGGUAGCAAUCCAGUUUAUCUCCUACCUGACCAUGCAGUUAAAAUAUUUGUUGAAGGAGGUCUAGAAGCCUCAUUAUAUGGCUUAGGCGCUGAGCUUGAGUUUUAUACUAUACUGCAUAAAGUAAACUCCCCUCUGAAAAUAUAUGUUCCUGAAACAUUGGCAAGUGGGAUUCUUUAUCUGGAGAAUGGAACUCACAAAAUUGUGCCUUGGGAUGGAAAAGUAAUGCCUGAUGUGAUUGGCAAGUGCAAUCUUAUCCCAGAGAAUAACAAAGAGGAUGAGUUUCCAUUUGGUGUAUGGGCUAAGAAACUAUAUGAACUCAAAACAGCUGGAAUGUCAGUAAAUGAACUGACAAGUCCAGCCGGGUGCACACAGAUAUGGCCAUUUAUUAUCACAAAGCGAUGCAAAGGAAAGAUAUAUGCUGAUUUAAGGGAUGCACUGUCAUGGGAGGAUACCCUGAAUUUGGCUUCCUUUCUAGGAGAGCAAUUGCACAACCUUCAUCUUUUACCCUGUCCACCUUUUAAUAGGGAAAAUUUUUCAAAUAUCAAACAAGAUUUAAUGGAGGAAGUUCCCUAUGAAUCAGACACUCCUCCAGAAUGGGAGAUCUUCAUCAGAACUCUAUCUAGGAAAAGGAAGGAUGUCUCAACCCGCUUGAAAAAUUGGGGAGAUCCAAUCCCAGGAGCACUGAUUGAGAAAGUGCAUGAAUAUAUUCCUGAUGAUUUUACCAUGUUUUUGUAUCUCCACCAGAAUGAAAAUGGCUUCAAACCUUGGUCUUGGAUACACUCAGAUAUUAUGGAUGACAAUGUUCAUAUGAAACCAAAUCUGAAUAGCUCUUGCUUGAGUGGAAACGAUGAAGGUGCUUAUACACUGGAUAAUAAUUCCAAUGAUUAUAAAAAUAGUAGGGAUGUUAAAUCAUGGAGUCCUGGCCACAUUCUUGAUUUCAGCGAUCUUUUUAUUGGUGACCGCAUCUAUGACUUGAUACCAGUGUACUUAGAUAUAUUUAGAGGGGAUUCAAGGCUCCUUAAGCAAUUUUUAGAAAGUUAUAAACUGCCUUUCCUAUCAGGGAAGUGUGUUGCAGUAAAGGGCAGUGAUGAAAAGUUUGGGCGGCUGUCAUACCGUGCUAUGUGCUACUGUAUAUUGCAUGAAGAGAAUAUAUUGGGAGCUAUUUUCAGUAUAUGGAGAGAACUGAGGACAUCCCAAUCAUGGGAGGAGGUUGAGCAGACAGUAUGGGGAGAACUAAACAACCAUAAUGACAUCUUUUUAUAGGAUUCACUUGCCUCUUAUUGAGGCCUACACUCAACAUUGAGGCAUACAUUACACCCACAUACCUUUCAGUAUUUAUAACAGUUGGCAAUGGCUUGAUUUCCGUUUGUAGUUGAAGCCAAAUAAUAAAAGAAUUCUUUUUAUGGUUCUGCUUAUUUGUAAGUUUUACUUUGGUUAAGCGGUCCCAAUGUAAUAAGAAUCAUUCUCUAAUUAUUUGACAUUUAAGUAAUGUAAAUUAUCAA